GGCCCAAACUGCGGCUGGCAAGCAGGUCUGUCCUAACCAAAGGAAUGUGUGCUCUGCUUAAUUUGCAUUGAAGCAGGAAACAGAGUCAUCAAGCUGCAAGGAAAACAAAGCUCAAACAGCACCAGGGAGGUCAGAUGUGGCAGGCCGUGGUCCUUGGACACAGGAGUUAUGGGUGGAGAAGCGAUUGAACUCUGGCCAUAGAUAAGAAACUGUUGCUCCAGGCAGCCAAAAGCCCAAAGCAGCUGAGAUUCUUGUGAAGAACAUUCUUCCAGAAAUGCCUCACCAGAACACCCUAAUAUAUAUAGCACUCCACAAUUGUCUCACCCAUCCAUGAGAGAAGGAGGGAUGGCUGCACCUUUCUCUCAGGGCCAGGCCACCGAAAGGAGGAGAGAUGGAGAAGACGGGAGGUGCGGAGCAUGUGAAUGACAUGACUGGGAUAUCUGAGACUCACACCAGCAAGGAGAAGCCCCUUGGUGAGUGCCCCGUGUGCUAUGAGAAAUUCCACCCGCUGGAGGCUGCCCAGAGGACACUGAGAUGUGGACACACCUUCUGCCACGACUGCCUGGUGAAGUGCUUGCUUUCCUCCAGGCUAGACGGGCAGGUCCAGAACAAUAUCAUCUGCCCUGUCUGCCGCUAUGUGACGUUCCUCAGCAAGAAGGUGACCCGCUGGCCUCCCAAACCAGGGGAGUCCCCCAAACCUGUGGAGCUGGCUCUCUCACCCUCCUUGUUGCCCCACCUAGCAAAGUCAGCACCAGACAACACCUUGGUGGUCCCCAGCCAUUUUGUGAUGCCAGUGCAGAGCUAUGGCAGGAGUGACAGCAUGAGUGGCAUCCCCAUGGACUCCAUGGCCAUGCCGGGCAGCCUGGCUCGGGAAGCCCAUGUCUUCAUGAUCAGUGAUCAUGGGAUGCCGCUGGUGGAGGAGAGCUGUAGGUCAGUGGUUAGGGGACAUGGCACAGAGGUGCCAGAGUCAGGGGCAUCCAUGAGUUCCCUUGGGAUGUGGUGCUUCCAGUCACCCAUUAUACUGGCUGUUCUCCUCAUCUUGACAGUUGCCCUGUUGGCGGCCGUGUUCCCUUGGGUCCUGUUGGUGAAGAGGAGUUUCUGAGCGGGACUGGAGAAUGCUCCAAACAGGACCCAGGCAGAGAGCUGUGCCUACAACCCAACACUCGCAGAGAUACCCAGUGCCCCCAGGUGAAUGCCCCCUUCUCUUGGGAAUAACCCAGGAUCCUUGGAUUGUCUGCAAUAUGGAAAUCCUGCAGGCGGCCAUGAUGCAAAUACCUGUGGGCUUGCUGGCCAGUGCUUGUGUGGGAGACCUCUGAGGAAUGCCCAGAGGCUGCAGGAAAUGGCGCCGUGACUUAGCAGGUGUUGCACUUCCUUCUGACUGAGGCGGUAAACUGGUGCCCCGGUGAGGGGCUGGGGGCCAUGCGCCAGAGUAAGUGGGCGGGUGGUGCUGAGACAGAGCUGGCAGAGGUGCCGCCUUGGAGCCAAGAGGCCAUGCCAAGGACUUGGACGCUUGUGAUAAACGCGUUCAGACACCAAGUCACAGGACAGAACGCUGCCCUAGUCACCGUAGAGGCACAAGAGGCACCGGCCUUGUUACGUUCGGUGUGAUUAUUUUGCAGUCCUAGAACAGUUGCCACUAAAGUGUCCGGGAUGUUGGUGGUGGACAAGGUCGCCUCAAUUAAACAUCCUCAGUGAUGUGAGUUUGUUAGUCUGUUUUCUCCCUAGUGGACGUUAUACCCGUAGCGCCCCAAGGUGCUCAGAUGUUGGCUCUGGCUGGUUCUGUGCAGUGGGGACAGGCAAAGCCCGUGGAGCUCUGGGAAUGCCAGCGACACCUUGCUGGGUUCCAGACUCGUUAAAGAGCGGGACUCAGCUCCCCGGUAACUUGAAGUCUUGAGGGUUUUCCUCAAAGAUAAUUCAAUUGAAAGAAAAGCCCUCUAGCUACAGGGCAGCCUGUGCCAUGGAGCCAGAUCCCCUCCCUGCCCCCCAAAGCUGGGCUGGCAGAGUCUGUAUCUCUGUAUGAAUCUCUCUGCUUGUCUCUGCUGCGCUGCCCCAGCCUCUGGGCCUGUGUGGCUCAGACUGACACCAUUCACCAGGUAACACCUGACCCCACGGCUCUCUCUGUCUGCUGUCUGCUCCAUUUCCCACCCUGGCUUCCUCCCUCUCUGCACCUCUGCUCCUUCUCUAGCAGCCUCUCCACUGGGGAAGGCAAACCCGCUAGCGUUUGGGAUCCAGCCGAACUGUUGAGCCCACGAGGGCGACACCAGCGGCACUGUCUGCAGACAGGCAGGGUGAGUUCUCAUGGCCCUACGGCGCACAUUAAGGGGCUCCCCUGGUCAGUUGAGGCUCUCUCUGCCAGGCAAGGUGCAGGCUGUUCUCGCUAUGGAUCUGGCUGUCAGUGUGCUACACAGCUGUGAGCAGGGGGCUUGCCACGCACACAGAUCUCUCUCUCCCUCCACCACUGAAAAACAGGGAUGGAAAACAGAUGAGCAGGAAGGAAUCCACCAGGCCUGCUGCCCUCUUGGGACCGCCAAGUUCAUCUCUCCACUAUGGUCCAGCUGUCCGACCCCUCACACCACCUUGGGCUCUGCAGUGGCCCAGGGUCCCUGUCAAUCUUGUGUGUCUGCCUGGGGCAUGUGAGUCACCUCCCAGUGCAGAGAUCUCUCCUGGAUCCUGGGGGACGCAGCAAAGUCCCGCUAGGCUGCUCCUGCACAGACACAUCUGCCUUUCUAACAGUGGCUGCUCUGUGAAUGGCCUCACCGGGGAAGCCUGGCUGUGUGGGCAAAGGCGCAUUGCUGGGAGGGUGAUGACUCUGGAGCAUGUUGGACAGUUGCACUGAGGAACUGAAGAUAAAAAUCCCUGUCUCUUAGCAUUCCCCUCCUGCCCCUCAGCUCCGGCAGCCCCUGCCUGGCCACCACACUCCCCGCCCCCUGCCCAGAUGUCCCCUCUUCUUUCCCAGGGCCCUGGAAAUUCCCUCUCACCUGUCCUGUCUCCCUGAUACCUGGUCCUGACCUGGAGAACUAGGGACAAGCAGUGGGGAGGUUUAGAGACAUUUCUGUGAGGCCAGGCAGGGUGUCUAGCUGCCAGGAGGUAGGAUGGUUUGGGAAUCCCAGAACCAACCUGCUCCUGGAAACCUUCCCUGGUUUCCCUUAAAGGCCCCUGUUCAUGGUAGCUCCUGGUCCCAUCAAAUGGGCAGGCUCCUGGUGUCCUGCCCCAGUGU